CAAUUUUAACGAAGUUUUGUGUCGCCAUUUCCACAGCCCCGAUGCUUGGUUUCGAUUUCUGUUAUGAAACUUUUUAAUAAAGACUCAAAUUUUCAGGGAAAAGUUACGAACUUUUUCUCCAGGUAAUUGGUACCUGGGAUGAACAAGAUCAAACCCGCCACCAAAUCAUUCAACUUCGUCAUCAAUCGUCUCUCAUCUCAGGGCGAUCACCUUGGAGUUCUACUUACCUAUAUCUCCAUGCUCGACAAUGACAUUCCUCCGGAUUUAUACACAUACCCGGGUCUUCUCAAAGCCUGCACUUUUAUAAAACUCAUCCCUCUCGGCCUUUCACUGCACCAGCGUAUUAUCGCUCUUGGGUUCUCUUCGGAUGCUUAUAUUUCAUCUUCUUUGAUCAAUUUCUAUGCCAAGUUCAGUCACAUCAGCAGUGCUCGAAAAGUGUUCGACAGAAUGCCUGAAAGAGAUGUAUUUCCUUGGACUUCCAUUAUUCGUUGUUAUUCUAACGCUGGAGAUGUUGAUACUGCCUUUUGUAUGUAUAAUGAAAUGCGGUACCAGGGUGUUGAGCCUAGCCCUGUGACUUUGUUAGGCUUGCUGUCUGGGGUCUCUGAGCUGGUUUACGUGAAGGGUUUGCAUGGUCGUGUAGUUUCGUAUGGUUUUGAGUCUGACAUAGCUUUGGUGAACUCUUUGUUGAACGUUUAUGGUAAGUGCGGAAGCAUUGAGGAUGCAAGGAACCUGUUUGAACUGAUGGGCCAAAGGGAUUUGAUUUCUUGGAAUUCUUUGAUCUCAGGCUAUGCACAGAUAGGGAAUGCUGAAGAAAUAUUGCAGCUUUUACAUAGUAUGAAGCUUGAAAACAUGGAGCCUGACAGGCAGGCUUUUGAUUCUCUGCUCUCUGCCAUUGCAGCCCAGAGUAAUCUCAACUUGGGAAAGGCAGUGCAUGGGAAGAUUUUAAGAGCUGGAUUUGAUUUAGAUGCACAUGUUGAAACAUCUCUUAUGGUUAUGUAUUUAAGAUGUGGGAAUAGUGAUUUUGCAUUUCAAGUUUUUGAAGGGGUGCAGGAAAAAGAUGUGGUUCUCUGGACAGCUAUGAUCUCUGGGCUUGUGAAAAACAAUUCUGCUGACAAGGCAUUGAAGGUUUUCUCUCAGAUGAUAACAUCACGAGUUGAGCCAUCUACUACAACCAUAGCUAGUGCUCUUGCAGCCUGUGCACAGGUCAGUUCCUUUCAUUUAGGGACCUCAAUUCAUGGUUACAUAAUAAGGCAGGGAAUGAUAGUGGAUGUUGCUGUGGAAAAUUCUCUUGUUACCAUGUAUGCCAACUGUGGUUAUAUGGAACAAAGUUGUGCUGUAUUUAAGGGGAUGAAAAAAGGAGAUUUGGUUUCUUGGAAUGCAGUGAUAGCUGGAUAUGCCCAAAAUGGCCAUUUAUCUAAGGCGUUUAUACUCUUCAAUGAAAUGAGGGUGACCAUUCAAAAAGCUGAUUCAUUGACUGUUGUCACUCUUCUUCAAGCUUGUGCAUCCAUUGGGGCUCUCCAUCAGGGGAAGUUGCUUCACAACUUUGUAAUUAGAAGCUGUCUUAGGCCUUGCACCAUGGUAGACACAGCUUUAGUGGACAUGUACUGCAAAUGUGGUAACUUAGAUGCUGCCAAGAAGUGCUUUGAUACCAUCUUGCAGCCUGAUCUGAUAUCCUGGGCCACAAUCAUUGCAGGAUAUGGUGGUCAUGGCAAAGGGGAGACUGCUUUGAGCAUGUUCUCAGAGUUUCUGUACUCUGGGUUGGAACCAAAUAAGGUGAUUUUCCUUUCACUUCUCUCUGCCUGUAGUCAUAAUGGGCUUGUCAAUGAGGGUUUAAGCAUAUUCCAAUCAAUGUCAAGAGAUUUUGGGAUUGAACCAGAACUUGAGCACUGUGCUUGCAUUGUUGAUCUCCUCUGUCGAGCUGGAAGGGUGAAGGAGGCAUACAACUUCUACAAGGACUAUUUUUCCAAGCCUAUAGUAGAAGUUUUAGGCAUACUCAUUGAUGCAUGUCGAGCCACAAGUAAAAGGGAACUACUUGAUUUUAUUGCCCAAGAUGUUCUUAUGUUGAAGCCAACAGAUUCUGGAAACUAUGUUCAGCUUGCUCAUUGCUAUGCCUCAAUGAGUAGAUGGGAUGGUGUGGGUAAGGUAUGGGCCCAAAUGAGGUGUCUUGGCUUGAGAAAAGUCCCUGGAUGGAGUUUUAUUGAACUGUAUGGAAAUAUCACCAUGUUUUUUAUGGGUCAGAUUGAACAUCCUGAACAUGAAGAAAUAGUUUCAGCACUGGAGGGUUUAAACAGGGUAAUGAGGAAAGUAGGCAUCAAUAACAAGGUGAGCCCAAGUUCAUGAUAUAUGCUGUGCCUUGUUUGGCAUUAAUUAACGAGUUAACUAGCCUAGAUCAAGUAAUCACAAGCUCAUGACAUAUGCUCUGUCCAUGGCCAGGCUAGCCUCUCUUUUAUAUUGUUCCCUUUACGUUUCUUAAACAGGACCUUCUUAGGCUUCACCCUUAGCAGCCCCAAGAGAGUGUUGAACUUAAUAAGACCUUCCAGCAAACCAACUCCAAUUGUAUAGUAAUCACCAAACCUUGGCUGACUGCGUAGUGGGAUUCAAAAAGUUGGCAAUGGGACACAACUAUGGCACCAUUAUGUUGUCAUCAGCCCUUCAGAACUGAGGUGAUCUCAUGAAGCCUCAACUGGGAACUUGUCGUUAUAGUAUCAUCCAAAUGAGGCCUCUUACAAGUAUGCUUCUUUCCCUUCAAUUUUCAAACAAAAAAUUCAAAGGGAAUUUACUUUAACUCUUUUUGAUUUCUCUUAAAAGAAUGGUAGAAUUGACAAAAUGUAAAUUAAUCAAAGCAAUAACUGUAAAUUCUUAAU